GUUUGACUAUGGUGGGGAAAUGCCGUCGAUGGAGGCGUUGAUGGCGAAGAUCGCCGGCAGUAGCGAGAUGCCUGGGAGCAGAGAGGCGGAGGGUGCGGCGCCGCGCAGGGCGCAGGUCGACGAGUGGCAGUACGCCGGGUCGUCGCGUGGCGAGCAACUCGCACUUGCUGAAGCAGAUGCCAGAAUUGUUGCGGCCGGCAUUGACGCGCUCUAUCUCCACACCGCGCCACCUCUGGGCCCACGGGCCGAGGUAGUGCGUGCGACGAUUGCGGGGCGGCGGAUCAAGUCGCUGUGUGCGGUCGACGCCCUGGCGGUAGAGACGGUGACGGCAGGCUCUGCAGCACCGCAGCCUGUUUCGGGUGGUGUCGACCGUGCAGCUGUUGCGCACCUGCUCGAUGGUGUCGAGCUGAGCGCGCAAGCGCAGGCCUUUCGCAGCAUGGUUGAGCAGCAGGAAGCGGUUGUCGGGCGCGUGCCGCAGCCGUGUCCGCGCCGGUAG